AUGUCCGUACCCGAGCUCGAACAACCGCGCCGGCUGUCCCAGGCCGAGAGCCAGACCAUCCUGAGAGCCGAGAUCCCGCUCAAGGAACGGUUCUUCCGCUACUUCCAGCAUGAGAUCACUGCACUCCAGGAGCAAAUGGAGCGUCUGGCGGAUACGUCGCUGGUGGGUGGAGAGCGGACUGAUGCCACCGAUCACUGUCUAGCUGGGAUUGCACGACUGUCCAACGAGGUCAAGGACGCGGCGAGUUAUAUUCCAACCUAUGACCAGCGAAUAUAUGCAGAAGCCAUCAAAGCACUCCAGGACAAGCUGGCGGAGACUCGUGCUGUCGUUGAACCACGUUCGAAGUUUAGCUUCAAGACGAGAAAGAAUCCUGCCGCUAUUUCGCUCUCUGAUGCAGCUGAUAUGGCUUUCCAGGGCUGUCGUGGUAUUCCCGGAUAUCGCUCGCCUGGAACGUCGUCGGUUGGCUCAUCUGCAAACAACACCCCUCUGUAUCCCUCGACGCCAUUGAACGAGCCGGACAAUAUCCUGCAACAGCACAGGCCAGAGGUUGUGCCAACUUCCGUUCCGUCAAUUUCUGUCGGUUAUAUCGAAGAAAAGCCUAAGGAAUCAGAAAAGAAGGCCUUCGCGGCAAAUGUCUUGUCCUCUGUAUCUGUUAACAGCCACCAUGACCUUCAUAUCAUGCUCCCGGCUUCGGGAUCUGCUUCUGCUGUUCCUGCUUCUAUAACCUCGUUGCGCCACUGCGUCGUCGACAUGUCCAUUCCCACCAACAACGGCAAGCCGUAUGCUAGCUUGACCGUGAACGAUGUCAAGGAGAGCUUAUUAGUCUGCGGACAGAUUGACGGACCUGCGCAUAUCACCGGUGUUGAGCAUAGCGUCAUCGUGGUGUCUUGUCGCCAGUUCCGUAUGCACGACUGCCGGAACGUGGAUGUCUAUCUGAGCUCAACAAGUAAUCCCAUCAUCGAAGGAUGCUCUAAUGUCCGUUUCGGGCGCACGCCUAGGGCAUACGCCCUCGACCACGACCGCCCCGACUACGAAGAUCGCUGGAGCCAAGUUGAAGACUUUGAAUGGAUCAAGCCUGAAGCCAGUCCCAACUGGAGUCUCUUGGGUCCUGAAGAUGCCGUUCCAGAGGGUGUGUGGGCUGAGAUUGUUCCUGGUGGACCUGGAUGGUCGUUGGAUGAUAUCUUGCGGGCUAUUAAGCUCAUACAGUGA